AUGCUAGUUAUUGUCGAUCUUGAAUCGUGGCUUUAUCAGUUCCUUGGAAAACUAAAUUGGGGCUGGACCAGCCCCGUGCUGCAGGCGCUGCCUGCGGGGGAGAGAAAGGAUCGCGAGCGCCUGGGUCCCUCCUUGAAUGUGGAGCGCCGCUCGGUUCGGUUGCGCGCGGCUUCCAGCGACCCCUGUCGGGGGUUCCCGGCAUCCACCAGGCGCCGCCACCCCCCGCCUGGCCCGGCGCGGGGAGGAAAGGGGCUGCACCGCGAGUGCCGAGCUCUGGCUCCUCCCGGUGGCGUGUCCGCGCCUCGGGGUGGGGGUGUGGUGGGGAAACGGGAGGGGGCGAGGCCAGGGGAGGGUGAGAAGGAGGCGCCAGCUUGCAACCUGCGGGCGGGAGGAGCGGCGGCUGCCGGGCGAUGGGACAGUAAUCGCCUCUUCUUGAUCUGCGAGGGUGCCGAACAGAGGCCACGACAGGAGUCGGCAGCGGCGGGACCCAGAGCGACCGGUACAGCCCCGAGAGCUAGGGCGACCGCGGGACGGAGCGAUAGCUGGUUCCAGGUGGCCGGGACCGCACGCCGCGCCCGCACUGCUCUCCGCCGACCCCCAGGAGACGCCCCUGUGCCGCACGACCCCAGCAGUCCGGCAGCUCGCUCUCCAUUCGAGGGACAAACUUUUCCCAAAGUCGACCCCAGCCUUUGGACCAAACUUGUCGCGUGUCGCCGUCCCCAGGAGCCGUCCGCGCAGAGCGCUCACUUCUCCGCGGAGAUGUCCGAGCGCAAAGAAGGCAGAGGCAAGGGGAAGGGCAAGAAGAAGGAUCGAGGCUCCGGCAAGAAGCCCGCACCAGCUGAGGGCGACCAGAGCCCAGCCUUGCCUCCCCGAUUGAAAGAGAUGAAAAGCCAGGAGUCAGUUGCAGGCUCCAAACUGGUGCUUCGAUGUGAAACCAGUUCUGAAUACUCCUCCCUCAAAUUCAAAUGGUUCAAGAAUGGGAAUGAGUUAAACCGAAAAAACAAACCCCAGAACAUCAAGAUACAAAAAAAGCCAGGGAAGUCAGAACUUCGCAUUAACAAAGCAUCACUGGCUGAUUCUGGAGAAUAUAUGUGCAAAGUGAUCAGCAAAAUAGGAAAUGACAGUACCUCUGCCAAUAUCACCAUUGUUGACUCAAAUGAAACCAUCACUGGCAUGCCAGCCUCAACUGAAAGAGCAUAUGUGUCUUCAGAGUCUCCCAUUAGAAUCUCAGUAUCAACAGAAGGAGCAAAUACUUCUUCAUGUAAGUAUACUUCAAUGUUUCUGUUCACUAGUUUCUAAUCCAAUAUAAUAUCUUCUUCCAGUGAGUAUGUUCACACAUCCAUCCUCUGCCCUUUCAAGGAGCAGUGAAUUGAGCUUGUGAGCAUGACAACAUCUGCUGUGCGGAGUAGAAAUUGCCUCCUACUAUGCUUCAGAUCAACUAGUUUCCUUCUCCCUGCCAAAAAUAUAUAAGAAUAUUAAAUGACACCAUGUAUGUUAGUUGUAGGACAAUCUAGUGCUUUUGAGUGUUGAGAAAAAUAAUUGCAUCACAUUGGAGGCCUAGUUUGAGGUGUGUUUUUUUCCACUUGUCCUGAUGCCUUCAGCAUCUGCCUGAGGCAUAAUACCCAGAUGUGUGGGGCCGCUAUUCUGAAGUGACUCAGUUUUCAUAUAAAGUUGGCUGUGAUGGGAUGCGGAAACUAUAUAUAGAUGCCCUUAAUUCAAAUUUGAUAGCAAGUGACUAAUUAUGAAAAUGUUUGAAAGGAAGUCCCUAGGCAGGAUCUCAGAUUAGUUUUCCUCUGUUUAAUGUGAAAUGUGCUCUGUGCUUAUGGAUGUCUACAACUGCUAGAUUGAUUGGUGCUUUGUGCUAUGUCAGGGGAACUUAGGAAAUUAGCAAGGACUAGGAGAAAUAGCUUUUGAUACUUAUAAAUUGAGAGCAUACUAUUAAAUUUUGAUAUAAAACAAGGGAGUUUAGUAGACAUUGACAAUAAAACUUAGAACUGUUGUCUUCCUUUCCUUAUUUUAGUUCUUUAUUUAGAGCAUCCGUCUAGUUUGAUAAGCACUUCAAUAAAUACAUGUUCCUAGUUAUCCUACUUCAACCUGGAGGAUGUAUUUGAGUAACAAUUUCUUUUUGGUAUCAUCAUGGUAGGAAACCCAGUGUCUAUACUUUUGGUAACUUGUUAUAUCCAUCAGUUUGAAUACAUGAAGUUUGAUCAUAAAACCAGCCCUCUAAAUUGGUGGAACAAGAACUGUUAACAAUCUGUUAUAAAAAUAUCUUUUAUUGGCUGGGGAUGUAGCUCAGUGGUAGAUUGUGUGGUUAGCAUGUGUGAAGACCUGGGUUUGAUCCCAGCACCCAAAACAAAACAAAACAAAAAUCUGUGAUAUCAUGAGGUUUAGUGUUCUAACUGCAGAAAGCAUCACUUAGCAGAAUUGAUGGCGAUAAUUGUGGAAGAUCAAACAGGAAAUGAAAUGCUUGCAAGAGCUAAAUUGGUUCCUUCUGUGUUCCAAGGACCCUCAUUACAUACUCCAAAAUGAUAAUCCCUGCGGGCAAAUUUAGAAUAUUUGUUAUUUAAUUCUACUUAUAAAAAGAUUACUAUGAUUAUAUGAAUUUUAUAUAACUAACAUUAAGGAAUCAUUUGAGCUUUUAAAAAAACAGUAUUUGUUAUAUGUAGAAAAUAGCAGUUUUUUCUUUUUGGCAUUUUGUCUGAGAAUAAUUUCUUUCCUACAUGAUUCAUUGAAUAAAGUUAUUGAAACUCUUGUAAUUGGAACCCUUAUGCUAUCAUUAAUUGUGUGAUAGAUGCUAUCCUUAAGCCUAUGUGAGCAGGUUUGCAAUGGAAGAAAUACUUCUUUUGGCUUUCCAGAGCUUUUUAGGGAACUGAAAUGAAUUGCUCAGUUUCCAUUUCUACUCUGCAGGUACUAUUGACAGAGAAAUGAUUUCAAAAUCCAACUCUGUUCUCUAAUUCUUUGUAGAGUUACUUCCUGGUAUUGGUAAUGGCUUAGGACUAAGACAGAAGGCUUUGUGUGCCUUUAGUUUAAAGUAUUUCUCAGUGUCAUUUUUGUGUAUCACUCCCUGUUCCUGGUAGGUCCUCUGUAAAUAGUGUUGAAUUAAUUAGUGAAGGCAUUUUUUUUAAGUCUCAUGAACAUAUGAUCCAAAAUUUGAAAAUGUAAACCAAGAGUGCAGGACUCUGGAUCCAGGCUUGGAUAAAACACAGUGUGCUGUUGGGAGGCACACAGCUCCGGGCAAUCUCACACAGAACUCUGUUGCAGAACAAGAGUCAUCAGAGAGAAAUACCUCCACUUGGUGCAGGCUGAAGGUGAACCUUGAAGAAUCAGCAGUAACAAUAAGUUGGACUAAAAAAAAUGCAAAAUAUAUAAAGAAGUCAGACGCAUUGGAAAAGUGCACAGGGGUCAGAAAAAAUUCAGCCCUGAGAAGUACAGGUGUCUUUCCCUUUUAUUUCAGUCAGAAAGGAAACACUAGUAAAUUCCUGUAUUUGAAAAGUGAGCUAUGCUUUAUAAUGGAGUCAUGCUUGUGUGGGCUAUAUUCUUUGAACUGUUGCCCUUGGGGUGUUUUAAAGUAAAUUCUGAAAGGCCUUUCUGAAGUACUGUGGAUUCAACAAACAUUUCAUGUGACAUAACAGUUCCAUGUGCUUUUGGGGCCAGUAUAAAAAAGGAGAGGCAGCCUUGUUUCCUUUCAAUGGACAACAUUCUAAGGAAACAUGUCCUGACAGGCAGGACUGGUUUUUGAGGGUGUCUCACUACUGGACAUAUUUUUAAAGGAUUUCCUUGAGUCAGUUUCUGUUCUUACUCCUGCUCAGAACCCUGCCUGGAAUACCAAGUCUGUGUCUGCCUCCUGUAUCCUGUCUGCCCCACAAACCUUCUUUGACCAC